AUCGAAAUGAUCCAAUAAAAAGAAGAAGAAGAAAAGAUUUCAGAAAGAAAGCCGACUUUGAUUUCUUUAUAUAUAUAUAUAUACUCCUCCGGCCGGUAUUAACUAUCAUUCCCAAAGACGGCUGAUAUAUAGCAACGGCGACGACAUGGCGGCGGCGCCUCAUUCCGAUCCCAACUUCUCCUCCUCCUCCGCCGACGAUGACUUCAACAACAAUCGUCCCAGCAGCUACUCCGGCUUCGAGGCCACCCGCCUCAGCGGCGAGGGCUCCCCCAUGAUGAUGUCGCCCUGGAACCAGAGCACCCCCUUCGAGAAGUCGCCGUGGGAUGAAAACAGCGGCAACGCCAAUGCCUCCCAGAAGCACCCGCUGAACGGCCUCAUCGGAUCUCUGGUCCGGGAGGAGGGCCACAUUUAUUCCCUCGCCGCCCGCGACGGGAUCCUCUACACCGGCUCCGACUCCAAGAACAUUCGGGUCUGGAAGGAGAUGAAGGAAUUCGGGGCUUUCAAAUCCAACAGCGGUCUCGUCAAGGCAAUCAUAAUCUCCGGUGACAAGAUCUUCACCGGACACCAGGACGGCAAGGUUCGUGUCUGGAAGGUCAAUCCCAAGAACCCCGCCGUCCACAAACGCGCCGGGACUUUCCCCACCUUCUUCGACAUUUUCAAGGCGUCUAUAAAACCCAGCAACUACGUGGAGGUGAAGCGCAACCGGACCGCCCUGUGGAUCAAGCACUGCGACGCCAUUUCUUGCCUGAGCAUGGAGCCGGAAGCAGGGCUUUUGUACUCUGCUUCUUGGGACAGGACGUUUAAGGUGUGGAGGGCGGGGAAUUCCAAGUGCCUCGAGUCCGUCAAGGCCCACGACGACGCCGUCAAUUCCGUGGUGGCGAGCUCCGGCGGGAUGGUGUACACCGGAUCCGCCGACGGGAGCGUCAAGGUCUGGAAGAGGGAGGCCUCCGGGAAGGGGGUGAAGCACGUGUUCGUGCAGACGCUGCUGAGCCAGGAGUGCGCCGUGACGGCGCUGGCGGUGAACAAGACCGGGUCGGUCCUGUACUGCGGGUCCUCCGACGGGGUGGUGAACUUCUGGGAGCGGGAGAAGCAAAUGUCGCACGGCGGCGUGCUGAAAGGGCACAAGCUGGCGGUGCUCUGCCUCGCGGCGGCGGGGAACUCGGUGUUCAGCGGGUCGGCCGAUAAGACGAUAUGCGUGUGGAAGAGGGACGGGUCGGUGCACACGUGCCUGUCGAUCUUGACGGGGCAUAACGGGCCGGUGAAGUGCCUGGCGGUGACGGAGGACAAGGAAUCCGCCGGGGGCGAAAACGACCAGAAGUGGAUCGUGUACAGUGGGAGCCUGGACAAGUCGGUGAAGGUCUGGAGUGUGUCGGAAAUGUCGCUUGAUAUGCCGCCGCCGCCGCCGCGCGCCGCCCAGGGAGAAUCAGCUUGGGACUCCAUUCCUUCCGCCAAAUACUGAUGAUGAUUGAUGAUGGUAUUGAAUGAAUCGCAGCCAUCCUGUGAAAGCCACCGGUAAAAGUAGCACACCAGCGGCUUCAGUACACGGCCGCGGCUGAUUCUUCUCUGCCCAGCUUCUAAUCUGCAAUCCGAUUGAAUGGGUAUUCAAUGUGUGCAAAUUGUUUGUUCUCCAUAUCUUUUUAAUGUUCAUUUGAGCUACUCCGUAUUAAACUUGUAAGCAUUUA